AUGGAGCUGGAGCUGCUGAGGUACGAGGCCUACACCCACAAUGUCAUCUGGUUUUUGAAGUCCGCAGGACUCUGGCCUGAAGCUCAUCCAGUUCCCAGAAAGAUUCUCUCUAUGGUGACACUGUGCUCUACCUUUGUGGUCAUGGUGACUGUGUCCAACUUUAGCUUCCAGAAUGUUGGCAAUGUCAUGGUCUUGACCAGGGGUAUGAGCUUGGCAGUCAGUUUUUCUUCAGCUUUUUCGAAGGUUGCCUUGUUUCUGCUGCAUCACGACGAUCUCGUCUACCUCAACAAGCAUUUGACGGGGGGCUUCAUGCGUGACAUGAAGGAACCGGAGAAUCGCCCAGACCUUUUGAACAACGUCAAAACUUUCAACAGAUUCAUGUUCACGCACGCGAUCUCUGUAGCUAUCGCCAUGUCCAUGUACAGUAUCGGCCCUUUACUGGCUUUGCGAAAACAUGGCAAGUACAUUCGAGCUUUCCCUGCUAUAUAUCCGUUUGCCUACGAAUCAGGUGGAUUGGUGCACUGGAUCCUCUACGCUUUGGAGGUUUCAGGUGCCGCGUCUCUUUGGACGGUGACAGUUGGGGUGGACUGCGUUUUUGGACUAUACGCGCUCCAGGUCUGCGGAGAGCUUAGGAUUUUGGCAAAAAAAUUCAGAGAGUUGAGAGCUACCGAGAACUACAGAGAAAAGCUACAUGAUUGCAUACAAAGACAUCAUGUGCUGAUAAAUGCGAAAAACAAGCUCGACAACAUCUUUGGUUUGAUCUCGAUAUGGCUGGCUAUAUCCGGGGCACUCGUGCUUUGUUCGCUCAUUUUUCAAGUUACCGAGUUGCUGAAAACCAACAACAGCUACUUACGCGCAGCGCAUCUCUGCGCCUAUCUUCUGCCAAAGUUUUUGCAAAUUUUCACAUACGCGUGGUAUGGAAACCUCAUUGCCGAAGAGAGCGGAGCAUGCUUGGAUGCUAUGUACGGUUCGCACUGGACGGAUUCUUGUGACAAGAACUUCAAAAGUGAUAUCCUCAUAGUGUUGGCACAAGAGCCUCUGGCACUGGUGGCUAUGGGUUGCAUGGUUAUACAGUUGGAUAUGUUCACGAAAAUUGUCAAGACUUCAGUAUCGUACUUUUUUCUACUUCGAACAUUGAACGAAGAAAACGAGUAA